CGUCGCAUGCAACGUUGAGCUCCCCAUGCUCCCCUCGACGGCCCUCGGCGGACCCCCCCUCCCCUCCGGCGCCCCCUUCACCCGCACAGACUCGCUCGCAAGCUCCGUACACAGCACCGGCUCGCGCACCUCGCUCUCUCGCCGCUCGCGCACACGCACACGCUCUAUCGUCAGUUCAAAACGCGGACGCAGCGCCGCGAGCAGCAAAUACGAGUCCGACGCGGGAGAGAGCUUCCUGGACCUGGACGAUGCGCCUCCCGUGCCCACACUAUUGCACGAUGAGCCGGAGGAGAUCCCAGCGGUGGAGGAGCGGGACGUGAGGCGGUCGAGGAGGCGGUCGAGGACGAUUGGCCCCGAGAGCCGUUUUGAGGGACUCAGGCCGGGGUAUGGGUUGCCGGCGAUGCCAAUAGCGAGGUCGUGGAGUGCACUCGACAUCAGGGAUCCGCCCGAGCAGGAAGGACGUGGUAGACAGGCAAAAUCAGAUGCGGGGUCAUUCAAAUCACCCAAGUCGCGUUUGCGUGGUCUCAGUCUACCCAGACGGCCGCAGAACGCGCAUUCGGAUGAAUCCUCGCAGCCCAGCCCACAGACACCGCAUAGUUUCGGUGACGGCCCCGCGAUACGCAUAGCGGGCCCGUCUCGCUCUCACUUCAGGGAUUCAGUCUUGACUCAGGUCUCGGCGACGUCGUCAUCGAUAUAUCCUGCCUCGACGUCCGUAGGAUCGCGUACUGAGUCGUCGAUGCCGUACACGGAGGAUCAAGACGAGCGUGACAUGUCCUACCCUGACAUUGUCUCGCCUGAGCACCCGGAGGAGGACUUCGACCCCGACGACGUGUCGUACCGGCUUCGCCUUCUCCUCAACAACAGCUAUUUCCUCCCACCCGCCCACACGAAGCCAACACCGAUGGCGCUGUCACCGCACGUGCAGGAUCCCGCGCAGAAGAGCAAACCCACGUCCUCCGGCUUCCUCGACUUCUUCCGAAUAGGCAAGUCAAAGUCGAAGCCAACGUCACCUGUCCCCGGCAGCCCACCGGCACUCGACAGCAGCGGCCCGAUUCUCAGAACGACGCAGGACUCUCCUUCGGCGUCCGGCCUCCUACUGCGUGUGCAGGCACAGAUGCCGCCGCCGCCAGCUGUGAAGCCCGCUGGACCCCCGCCUGCGAGCAGGGUCGUAGUCUUGCGGGAACGCAUGGACGACCUCGCAACGGCAGCGAAGGAGGCCGAGAAGGAAAUCCGCAACAAGGCGGAUGGACGGAAACCCAAAACCCCGACAGGUGCUCGAGAUCGCUUCCUCGACGACAUCAUUGACCCUACAGAUGCUGUCGACCUCCCACCGCCGUCCGCCGAUGCACUCUUUGCAGUGCAAGCGUCUGCUUUGUUUGGCUUGGGCCCUCAGGACUCUGUCGGUGCUGCUGUGCUUGCCGACCGUCUGGUGCCAGGUAGCCCUGGGUUCUGGUCUAUCAGCUCGGAAGAGGAUGUGUGGAGGAAAGAGCUCCUGCGAGAGGCCGUCAGCCAUUCGCUUGGGAACACACCCGAUUCGUCGUUCUCUUCUUCCAACGAUGGACACCACCAGGCUCCAGCGUCACCGCCCGCACAGUCGGAAGCUACCUUCCCUGUCUUUGAAACUCAGAGGCGGCUAGGGCAGCGUAUCGUGGAGGAUUUCAGCAUACACACGGCUAUGUCGGAGGCGAGUCCGCCUAUGUCACCAAUGGGCGCACAGAGCAUCCUCAUGUCACCGACUGGUCCGAGGGCCAGUCUGCUCUCAGCCACAGAGAAGUCACCUAAAGCAUCGGAACAUCCAUUGCUGACCGCCGCGGAUCCUCCGGUGCGCGCAGAGACUCCGGCGGGCUUGCACACUCCUUUGGCGCCUGCGCCUCGCAAGCAGCUGGUGAACCCUCUGUACUCCCUGUCCCAACCUGACCUCCCGGAAAGCAUCACAAAAGCAGAGGGUCCUUCUUCAGGCUCUUCGCAGGCGUCGUACCACACUGUGCGGAAGGCGUCCUCCACACCCAGGCUAUCUGGCUCGGAGGAUACGCAGGGCGUGGAGAAGUCCCUAUCACCUCCCCCUCUACCGGACUUCCCUGGGAUUCAUCGCGGCCUGUCACCGGCGCCGCGGGCUCUGGAAGGCAUGCCUUCGUUUUCCACCUCACGGUCGCGGACCGAGAGCGACUCGCGGUAUUCAGACGACGACAGCAUGUCGUUCCGUACUCCCAUGGACACGGACAUCGAAACAAGCGGUGCACGGCCAUCUGUGUCUCUCAGCAGGCCGUCAAUAUCUGUAUCAGAGUACUCUGCUCCUUCACCGACUGCCUCCGCCUUCCGAGAUGCUGUAUUUGGCAGCUGUCGACCACCAUCCUCCCUGUCACGGCGAAGUGCUGCCUCUCUCGUUCAGCCUGUACACGCUGAUGUUCCCCGCCCGUCUCCCGUCUCACCACGACAUGCUGCCACCUCACCUCCCCCUCGUCUCUCCUCGUCCGUACUGCCGACAGUGCUACCUCCACCUCCUCGACCACCUGCAAUCCGCCCCACAUACCGCCCGUCGAUCUCUACCAACGACUCACAGUCCCCUGGCGCAUACAGCCAUCCAUCCGUCUUGCUCUCCUCCCCCACCUCCGACGUCUCGCAGGCGCAAGACGUGUCUGUACAGUACUCGCUCUCGUCCUCCGCGGCAUCCUCCCCCGUCGCCCCGAUCGCAGCGCGCCGGGGUCAGGGCAGCCCACUGUCUUUACACAUCCCUGCCGAUUUCAACGGCCGCUCCAUCCAUUCAGCGCCGGCGCCAUCCUCUCCUGCCGACUUCUUCGACCGCUUGCAGGGCACCAUCUCCAACGCGAUGGACGAUUUGGAGACGUCCGACGAGAGCAGCGACGACGACCUCUCUCUCGCAGAUGGCGAACACGGUCGCAGCCGGUACAACCCCCCUCCCCCGCCGCGCGUGCCAGAGCCGGUCGAGACAGUGGAGGUGUUCGUCGAGCCGCGCUCACAGGCCAUCUCCAACCGUGCGUCGACCUCGAGUUCCCGGCCGUCGAUCAUGCGUCUCGGGAACCAUUCGACGCCGCAGCUCUCGCCCGCCCCGAGCUUCGUCACCGCGGAGCCCAUGCCGCAGUUCACGUACGACCGCAAGAAGCCGAUCGGGAACGUCGCGAACAUGACGCGCCGCUCGUUCACCUCCGUGCGCUCCGUCAAGAAGGGUAAGGGCAUCGGCUCGUCCAAGACGCCCAUGCUGCCCAUCGGCCCCGUGCCGUCGUCUCCGAUCCACCAGUACGCGACGGGCGCGAGCAGCCAGGACGCACGGCGCCCCGCGACCGCCCCCGACGGGCGGCUGAAGCCCGAGGACGCGGCGGGCGGGCGGCGCCCGCAGCGCGAGUCGAUCCAGAAGUUCGACGGGAUGCUGCUGCAGCACCUCGCGGCGGAGCGCGACCGCAUCAAGCAGAUCGCGAGCAGCAUCUCCGCGACGAACUCGGCCGCGAGCUCGCCCGUGCAGACGCACGUCUCGAACCACCCGUUCGCGACCGCGACGCCCGUGCAGCCGGACGCGCGCCGGAGCGCGGAUACACGGUCGCGCACGCGCUCGCAGUCGCGCCCGCGCCCGAGCACGGGCACGCGGGGCUGAUCUUUCUCUUUCUCUAUCUGGUUUCGUCGGUACAUAUACUUGGAGCUAAUUCUCUUCUUUUCUGUUGUCCGUUCGCACUUGCUUUCUGCGCUCUGCACUCGCGGUGGCGUUCUCGGUGGUGUUGUCCAUAGGUCGGCCUGUUAAUGUUCUACUAGCUGCUGCUCUUACUUGCUCCUAUUUGCGCCGCACCGCGCAUGCGCCUGCGCGUCGGCCCCCCACAUUCGUUAUUAUUCCUAAGUUGCACAUCCCACCCGAGUUUACGUGUAUAUACCCCCGCCCUGCCUGCCUGCCCACCCAACACUGCAUUAUUCGCCCGCCCGUCGCUUGGCCCAUACGUAUCGCCGCCGCCGCAUUCACACAUUCACCCAUUACACAUACCACCGCACCUGUACAUCCGCUUCACAUUAACUC